ACUUUACUCAUCCGACUUCUGUCUUUAAACCGCAUAAAUCUUAGAAGGGAAACCCUCUAGACCUCUAGCUAUCAUCUCUCAUGGGUUCUCUGUUCACCCUCAGAUCCCUACCAGAAAUUAGGCCUGCAACUUGUUCAUUCUUUUUCUUAAUCAUUCAGCUUAUCCUCCCCUUUCUCAGCCUCGCAACAGCUCAAGCCAGCCUCUGCAGAACCUCUUGUGGCAACAUUCCUAUCAACUACCCUUUCGGGAUUGAUGAUGGUUGUGGAAGCCCUUAUUACCGACACAUGCUUGUCUGCUCCAACGCCGGAAUACUUGAGCUCCGAACACCUUCUGGGAGAUACCCAGUUCGUAAUGUGAGCUAUUCCCAUACUCACAUUUUAGUCACUGAUCCUUUCAUGUGGAAUUGCCUGGAUGGAGAUAACUUCCGUCCAACCAGGCCUUUUAGCCUUGACACAAGCACACAUUUCUCACUCUCCCCACAGAAUGAAUACCUCUUUUUCAACUGCAGCGAAGAGGAUGUGAUCAUUCAGCCAAAGCCUAGGUUUUGUGAUCACUUUCCCGAUCGGUGUGACUCCUCUUGUGACAGUGCUAGUCAUCUCUGCAGACUCCUACCAGAUUGCCCCUCUGCAUUGAGUGGCAGUUCUUGCUGUUCUUACUAUCCCAAAGCCACUGAAUCCCUGAGGCUGAUGCUUACGUAUUGUGCUAGUUAUACUAGCGUGUACUGGAAAAAUAUUGGUGAACCUCAACCUUAUGAUCAAGUCGCUGAAUAUGGGGUUAGGGUUGAUUUUGAUAUUCCGGUGACCACUCGUUGCCUUCAGUGCCAGGAUACUCUGAAGGGAGGCGGGACGUGUGGAUUUGAUACUCAGAAGCAGAAUUUCUUGUGCCUAUGCGAGCAAGGAAAUGUCACUACUUAUUGUAAAGAUCAAGAAGGCAUUUCUGGGCAUAAUAGGAGGGUUAGAGUUAUUGCAGGGACAGUGACUGCAGUUUCAGCUGCUGGGGCCCUAGGAAUUGGAGCUGGUAUAUUUUACUGGAGGAAAGUGAGAGCCAAGGCACCAGUAACAUGUGGGGUUCAAAGCAAUGAGAAUAGGCUUUUCUGAAGAUAUUCGACAACCAUACACCUUUUCUUUUCUUUUCUUUGCUUUUUUUUCUUUUUUAAUUUCUUUUACACUUUAAUGUUAUUGUCUCUUUGAUAGCU